UCUAAUAGGACAUAUCCUCUUAUCUUUCAGUGAUGACACCUGUGUUAUACUCCAUAAUGAAUAUGUCCAUUGUAGAGAACACCAUACAGCGGUUAAAGGAUAAUGGAAUUUCCAAGGCACACUUCCUGCAAGCCUGCCCUGACUGUCUCGUCAUGCACUUCAGUAACACCAUUACCGUAGCAGGAGUGCCCAUCCGAAUGAUCCGAUCUUUCUAUAUAUUUGGAAAGACUGGCAAACUGCACGAAUCAGAGCUGGAGCCAAUCAGAAAACAAGCCGAYUGCCUCAAGUUCCCUCAGCCUGCACAGUUCAUCUAUGAUGGCGUUGCAGAGUUUUGCCCCGAGACAAAGAAGAAUGAGAGCAAAUAAAACGAAGAGCUGGAAUAUGGAAAACUGGAGCUAUAAUCAUGUUCACAGGAGAUAUUGUUAGGAGAGAAAUAAAACUGACUGAAAUAUUU